AUGGUUUCUUUGAGCGCCAAUGGUCAGUUUUCGUCAUGGUGCAUGAGCACACGGGUUAAGAAGAAAUCAAUGUCGAUCCAAAUGUCGGGCGGUGGAAAUGCAGUUGCUGGUGAGACUAAAAUUCAGUUUCACAUUGAUGAAGUGAAGUUGCUGGUGUGCCAUGAGACAAAGAUAACAAUAUAUGAUGCUUCAGAAAUGGAACUGAUUUGUCAGUGGCUUCCGCCAGACGGGUUUUCUAGUGCCAUAACCUCUCCAACAUACUCUUGCAAUGGAAACAACAAUUUCAGAAUAUAG